AUGGCGGAGACCGCGUUGGACAUGGCUACCACGCUGGUGGGCAGCGCGCUCGGUGUAGCCUCGUCGGCCGCGAGAGAGGAGAUGGGCCUGCUGCUUGGCGUGCAGGACGAUAUCCGGUUCAUCAGCGAUGAGUUAAAGAUGAUGCAAGCUUUCCUCAGGGCAGCCGACGGAGCGCGUGAGAAUACUGGGGUGCUCAAGGCGUAUUUGGAACUGAUCCGUGACUUGGCCUAUGACAUUGAAGACAGUCUCGAGGAGUUCAUGGUUUUCAUCAAGCACAAGAGCCUUGUGCAGCAACUGCUUAGCUUGCGAGCGCGUCAUCGCGUUGCUGUCCAGAUACGCACUCUCAAACUGAGAGUCCAGGAGGUGAGCCAGAGGAACACACGGUACAACUUGAUCAAGCUCACACCUUCCAUCUCCAGUGAUGUGACACAGCUAUUUGGUUUGGACAAACAGAAGGAGAAACUAACGGACUUAAUAGCCAAACUUGAGGUGCCUGUGGACAUGGAGCCAGGAAUAAGCAAAUCUGGUCCAAGAGUGGUAUCUGUUGUUGGAAUGGGCGGCCUUGGAAAGACAACUCUUACCAAGAAAGUGUAUGAUAGCAAGGAUAUUGUGUCUCAAUCAUUUGACCCAAAAGAGCUUCUCAAAGAGAUGAUCAAGCAACUCUUUGGGGCUCACUCGUUGAAAGAAUUCUUAGAAGAACAUCAAGGGCAAGUGCUGGAAGUAAAACACCUCACGAACUACCUGCGUGGAGGACUCCUGGAGAGAAAGUAUCUUGUUGUUCUGGAUGAUGUUUGGACCCUUGAAGCUUGGAAUUGCAUGUGUCUUGUUUUCCCAGAGAACAGUAAGGAUGGCAGUUGUGUAGUAUUGACUUCACGAAAUCAUAAAUUAGCUGAGCAUUGUAGCCCCCCCUCACAGAUAUACCAACCUGAAAUCCUUGAGGAAAAAGAUGCUAGAAGCUUGUUUCUGAAAAAGACAAAUAAAAGCUCAGGUGACUUAGACAAAGAUGAUCGUACAAAGGGAAUAGUUGAGAAGAUACUGAACAAACGUGGAGGACUACCACUCGCCAUAGUGACAAUAGGAGGCCUACUAGACAACAAGGAUACAAGGGAUUGGGAGAAUCUGUACAAUCAGCUCCCUUCAGAGCUUGCAACCAAUCCUAGCCUUGAAGCACUGAGGCGAGUGGUUCAUCUUAGUUACAACCAUCUGCCUUCACAUCUGAAGCCUUGCUUUUUGCAUCUCAGCAUCUUUCCCGAAGAUUUUGAGAUUGAACGCAAACACCUGGUGGAUAGGUGGGUAGCUGAAGGGUUUGUAACAAUUGCUACUAAUAGGAGAACACUUGAAGAAGUUGCUGAAAGUUACUUCUAUGAACUCAUCAGUCGAAGCAUGAUUCAACCAGCUAAGUUAGAUGCUCUUGGAAAUGUGAAGACUUGCAGGGUUCAUGAUAUUGUGCAUGAUAUUGCAGUGCCAAUAUCUAGCCAGGACAACCAUGUUUUCUUAGUUGAAGACCAUACAAGUUCCACCACUACAUCAAAGGAAAGCAUCCGGCACAUAUCAUGCUAUGCGAAACCUAUGGAGCCAAUAGGGUCACUUUGUUCUUCUAAAUUCAAGAUGCUCAGGGUUCUGGAUCUUAAGAAUGCUAAUUUCCGUGCAGAGCAACAAGACAUCAGAAACAUAGGAUUUCUUCCAAGAUGCAUAGGAAACCUGCAAGCCUUGCAGACUCUAGACAUACGGAAAUCAAUACCAAAAGGAGUGGGAAGUUUAAAGGAGCUACAAAUACUAGACAAGGUUGAUAUCAAGCGAACAAGUCGAAAAGUAAUUAAAGAGCUAGGGGAACUAACUCAGCUAAGGAAGUUAGUUGUGAGAGGGAAAGGGGCCUCCAAGAAAAAGUGCAGUGCAUUCUGUAUAACUGUGCAGGAGCUGUCCUCCCUCCGUUCCCUCAAUGUGGGUACUAACGAGAAGAAGGGUAAAUCAGAUGGGCUGGAUAUGUUGGUUUCUUUUACAUCCCCUCUCCCUUUCCCCUCACUCGAGCGGCUCAAAAUGAAGGGGCUUCUUCAGGAGAUGCCUACAUGGGUUGGUAAAUGCUUGAGCUUGGUGAAGAUUGACUUGAAGUAUUGUGGGCUUAAGGAAUUGGAGGCCAUAACUGAACUGCCAAACCUGAUGCAGCUUCGUCUUUAUAAUAAUGCAUAUAAUGCAGAGAAAUUAGUGUUCCACAAGCAUGCAUUCCCAGAGCUGAGGAUCCUACAGCUUACUUAUUCAGCGGCACUAAGGGAGGUGACAUUUGAGGAGGGUACCUCACCUAACAUGGAAAACAUAAGCAUCCAGUAUUGCAGGCUGAGAUCAGGGAUCAAUGGUAUCAAGCACCUUCCGAAACUCAAGGAGAUUUAUACCGUGGGAUGUACAUUGGCGAAGCAACAUGUGUUACAAGAGGAAGUGGACAAGCACAUGAAUCGCCCUGUGCUGCAAAUGCAGUUGUGUAAGCCUGCAAACCCUGAAGAAGAGACUGAGGUAAAGGUGGAAGUUACGGAGUCAAUUUCUGAAGCAGGGGAGAGCUUGCAGUUGUAG